AUGUCUUCCGACUCUCCUACUAGCUCGCGAGCUUCCACCCCAGUAAUUCUAACAGCCGCCGCCAACGCUUCUUCUCAAUAUGAUACUGCUACACCCACUGCCGAUCCCAGCUCGAGCCGCUAUCGGUUUACAUACGACCCUGAACGACGUGGACCAGAGAGCAUCUCUGGAACGACCACACACGGCCAAGACUAUUUUGCUGCGGCUCCAGCAGGUCUAGGCUUUCAUUUUGGCGGGUCUACAGUGAGCUUAAAUCUUGGGGCCCUACCCAACGAAUGGAGCAGCUCAAAACAUGGAUUUCAUGCAAUAUCAACUGUCCUUAACAAUCCUCACAAGAAACAAGCACCGCCGAAAGCUCAUUCAGCUUUGCCUUCUGUGAUGCCCGCCGAACUCCCGCGCGUACGACGGAAGGAUUUCGACUCAUACCUGCAAGCCAUAACACCGGAAUGGGAGAAACUCGAGAAGAGCUUGUCAUCGAACGCAGCAGACACUUCACAAUUUGAAAUGCAACAGAGAGCUGGCCCAUCAUCAAAUUUCGGUCAGUCUAAUCGCAAAGGGUCAAUUGGUUCUUUAGCUUCAUUUUCCUCCUUGGAACCUCUCAACACUUCCCGGCUACAAGCGUUCAAUCCUAAUCAACCCAAAAACCUUCCUUCCCUAGAGUCCGUUCCUUCGGUAUUUUUCCAGUCCGAUUUUGACUUGGGGAAUCCGCAGACGUUUGCUCUCAUUACAGAUCAGGAUCAAUUUGGCGAGGGUGAUCCAACAGUUAUUGCUCAUUCAGUUCCGCUGCUGGAGAGAUUCUCUCACUAUGCAGAUACUGUCGAGCUUCACCUAUCCAACGAGAUUGCUGCUCGCGCGCCUUCAUUCUUUGCUGCCUUGACCAACCUUCACACGCUUCAAUCCGAAUCCACCGCGACGUUGUCCCAAAUUAGUCGUUUACGCCAAAUGCUUGAGCAAGUAGACGAGACUGUGGCAAAGAAGGGUAUGGAGGUAAUUAGUUUGGAGAAGCGUGUGCAGGGCGUUGAAGAAAUAGAAAGAAGUGUCGAAGGCGUGAAAGAUGUUGUUAAAUUCACUGGAGAAGCCCGAGAGAAAGUCGGAAAGGGAAUGUAUGGUGAUGCGUUAGUCAUACUUAGCGUGCUGGACGAUAUGUGGAAUGAUGCUUUACCAACCCAGUCUUCACUCCCAAAGCAACCCAGUGGGCGACUUUCAUCACUACCACCAACACCAGAGGGCGAAGAAGCAGAUUCAGAAUCCCCGCCGCCGGGAUAUUCAACAUCUCCUGUCUCCUUGACGCCAUCUACAUCGAAAAUAAAACUCCUUCCUUCAUUGGGAAUUCCUCUUUCUCAGUUAAACGCGUUCUCAGCACUUCCUAGCCAUUUACGAAGUCUUACUCUAGAGAUCGCCUCUAGUCUGUCUGAUGAGCUGGUUUCAAUACUUCGUGAUGAUUUACUAUGGCGGAUCGGAAACGGCGGUUCCAUUGCGACGGGCUCCGGGAAGGAAACUGUCAGUGAAGAAACGAAGAACCAGCUGACAGAGCUGCUGGUCGGCUUAAUCAAAACCAGAGGGUUGAAGGAAGCAACGUUGAGUUAUAGAGAAAUUGUAUUUGACGAAUUCAGAGGUCUUAUUAGAAAGCACUUUUCUGGGUUCGAGGCUGAGUCACCUAGCCCGACACCUACUGAUCCGACGCUCAACUACGCUGAAAGACCCCAGCUUGCUACGCAUUUGCGUUCUCUUUCUCAUCCAGACUUCAUGUCUGUCAUACGAGCAAUAUACCGUGAUAUGCUGAGCGGUGUUGAAGGGCUACAUGUCCAAAUAGCUUUGUUGGGAGAAAUUUCAGAAUCUAUCGAGGCAACUGAACGCGCUACAAAGGCAGCCAGGCAAGGAAAGUCUAUACCAGCUCCAACGCCGUUAUCUUCAGAAUCGCCCUCAUCGGGUGACAGUACUUCCGUCACAUCUUUGCUUCUUGCUGAGCUGACAGACACACUCUCGUCUGCGACAGAGCUCGCACACACCCAAGCUGCUCAACUUCUAUCAUCUCGUUCCGAAAUUCAUGCCGGUCUCUCACUACCGGAAUUUGUGGAAUUGUUCAACGAUACAUGGAAGUUUGUCGUGCGGAGUGAAGUAGUGUGCAGAAGGAUGAUUGUAGGCUUAAGAGGAGCUGUCGUAUCACAGGCGAAGGCAUUCUUACAGACGUUCCACCAAUCCCGUCUCACCCAGUCCGCAAAACUUGUAGAAGAUGAACAAUGGAGUCCUCAAGAUGUCUCACUCGACAUACAAACCACGGCAAAUACUAUCGUCGAUACUGCUAUGAAAGAUCCUCCUGAACUCAUUUUGCCAUCAGAAGCAGCGGCACCAACUUCGUCAAACUCUAAAAGUUCCUCAAUACUUUCUCCAUUCAAAAGUCUCCUGCGGAGUUCUAGUACCACACAAAAUGGUAACGGUACAGGUUCCCCUAGCCAACCGGCGGUACCAACUUCCAUUACAUCCUCGAAUUCCAGAUCUUCCAGUCGUGGCACAGCUACCAGCACGAAAAAGUCUAAGCACAUAUACGUUGAAUCCAAUUCCUUCUUCACCGUCCCCGCCACUUCAUCCGUACUCUCCCUAUUAACGGAUUACCUCGCUGUUAUCAUCAACCUCGGUAUUCUUACAACCGACACAAUGUCACGUAUCAUCGAGUUUCUCAAGGCUUUCAACUCUCGAACAUGUCAAGUCGUGUUAGGUGCAGGUGCGAUGCGCAGCGCGGGUCUGAAGAAUAUAACGGCUAAGCAUCUCGCACUCGCGUCGCAGAGCUUGUCGAUUAUGAUUGCGCUGGUCCCGUAUAUUCGAGAGACAUUUAGAAGACAUCUUAAUUCCAAGCAGGCGGUGAUGCUAAUCGAGUUUGAUAAGUUAAAAAGGGACUAUCAGGAGCACCAGCACGAGAUCCAUGCUAAACUUAUCGCAAUUAUGGGCGACCGUUUGAGUGCGCACAUCAAAUCUCUCCAGGCACGUACCAUAAACUGGAAUGUGCCUCCGGCUGGCAGCGGCGUUAACGAUUACAUAGAACUACUCGUUAAGGAGACCGUCACACUGCACAAAGUCCUAUCCAGGUACCUUUCGGCCGCGGUUGUUGAGGAUGUCAUGAGCCAAGUGUUCGCGGCAAUUAAUCACCGACUCUCAGAAGAAUAUAGCAAGAUUGAGCUACCUCACGCUGAAGCAAAAUCGAGACUUUUGGAGGAUGUAAAGUUCCUGCAUCAGAAAUUGUCAGCUCUAAAAACCAUUGGUAAACCUAGCAUGAUGCUUGAGACUGUCGUUCGGGAAAAACCGAUUCCUAAGCUACCAGGCGCCCCACCAACUCCUGUUCGAAAUGGCUCAAUGAUGUCUCCACCAAAUAGUGCUGCCUCGAAUGCAAGCACGAACCAAAGGCUCAGGGGAUUACUGUCAGGCCGUACGACGUCUUAUGACAGGUCUUUGCCAAAUUUACCUGGACCAAAUGAUAGGCCUCUGCCUCCCCCUAGAUCUAAUACUUCUUCACCACAUACGGACAGCAGAACGACCGAAAAUCCAAGUACACCGACUGUAUAUCGGUCUCUCAGUCCUAAUCCAUACCAACGCUCAGAUCGUCCUCGAACUCCUCCUCCUCCUCCUCUUCCUAUUGAUGUUGAAGCCGAAGUACCUUCGCCUCCUCCUGAUGGAUCUUCUGCUUUUGGCUUCAGGCAGAUUGAGGCCUCACACCGGCACCUAGAACCGGCCAAUUUCGAUCCACCUUCCUCUCCUCGAUCACCGCUACUUGCUUCCCCGCAGCACCUCAAGGAUCAGAAUGCAGUUGUGAACAGCAGACCUUCCCUUCUUGCUCCAUAUGAUCCUAUAUUAUCAGCUUCCACCCCCGCUUUCACCUCUACAUCUGAGGCAGUUUCGCCUCCCACUGAUGAAACGAAUCGUACAAUGAUCUCAGAAUUAGAUCCUUCGACGGGGUCUUUGCAUGAUUCAGCGGAUGCUUCAAUGCCCACACUAUCACUGGCAUCAUCUCGGGAGAUUGAACAUCGUUCAUGA